GUAUGUUGUUGUCAGGAGAGGACUGGGUAUGGUUAAGUGUUACAAUAUCGGAAAUGAUUCAAACAUGCAAUCAGUGGAUUAUGACAAUUAUUUCACAGGACAUUAAAUCUUACAAAAGCAUUACUAGUAUAGGUGUUUUAUUUGCUUUAGUCAGCUUCUUGGUUGUUUUAGCUGCUAUAAUAUUAACGCGGACACCAUUGGAAUUGUCUUUGACUUCGACUCCACCUUGGAGUUGGAGUCCAAGUGCGAGCCCAGUACACCAAGUUGGUGAACAAAACAGUUUAGCUUUAAGUAAGUUACCCAUUGACUCUGCAAAUGGAAUAAGCAAUGAUUUAAUACCACUGAAAAAACAUUGGAAAUUAGAUGAGAAAGCUGACUUUUCAGAAACAAAAAAUCUUCAGUUGACACCAGUUAAAGCUGUAUAUGAAAAUGCCAAUGCACAAAAUGUUGGUGUAAGACGAUUUUUGAAUUUUCUUCCAGAAACAAAUGAAAUUAAGGCUAAUGACGAUGGACCUACUUCACUUAGUAGGUUAACAGAAUUUCAGCCUAGAUUACUAAAAAGAAAAGAAGAGUUGAAGAAAAAUGAACCUGAAGCAUUGUUAUCUCUAAAUAUGGCUCUUCACAUGAAAAAUGCUGAAAAAACAGAGAAAGCUCUGAAAUUGUUCCAACAUGCAAUGGCUUUGGAUCCUCUGCAUCCAGACAUCCUUACGCACUAUGGAGAGUUCAUUGAGGAGCAGAAUAAAGAUGUCAUUAAAGCCAAUCAUUUGUAUACAAGAGCCCUCAUCAUAUCCCCUGAGCAUUCCAAAGCUAUUGUCAACAGAUGUCGUACUCUUCCAGUGGUUGAAAAACUUGACCAGAAACAACUAGACAGAAUCGAUAGAAAACGAAAUCUUCUCUUUCAACUUCCAGAUAAUGAUUCAUCACUAAAAAGGAUGAAGAAAGAAGCAUACUUUCAGCAUAUUCAUCAUACAGUUGCCAUUGAGGGAAACACAAUGACUUUAGCUGAAACCCGUAUGGUAGUAGAAACUAGAAUGGCUGUUCCUGGAAAAAGUAUUAUGGAACAUAAUGAAAUCAUUGGCUUGGAAUCAGCAUUGAGGUAUAUCAAUAACACAUUAGUUACUAAACUUGGGCCACUUACAGUUGAUGAUAUAUUAGAGAUUCAUAAGAGAGUUUUAGGCCAUGUAGAUCCUGUUGAAGCAGGAACAGUCAGAAGAUCUCAAGUAUAUGUUGGUGAACAUGUUCCCCCUCCACCAUCUGAAGUGUUUGAUCUUAUGGAAGAUCUGGUUGAUUGGCUUAAUUCAGAUGACACUAUGAAACUUCAUCCAGUAAAGUAUGCAGCUUUGGCUCAUUACAAACUUGUAUUUAUUCAUCCAUUUGUGGAUGGAAAUGGCAGGACAGCUCGACUGCUUAUGAAUUUAAUCUUGAUGAGAGCAGGUUAUCCUCCAGUUAUUGUGAGAAAACAGGACCGCUACUUGUACUAUCAGUACCUUCAGUUGGCUAAUGAAGGGGAUGUUAGACCUUUUGUAAGGUUCAUUGGAGAUUGCACCGAGAGAACGUUGGAUGUUUAUCUAUUUGCAACAGAGUAUGGCAUAUCUGGUUUUCGAGCUUUGGGAGGACAUGGAGGAGAAACUAAAUCUAAUAUUAUUGAAAGUUAAAGAAUUGUUCUUAACAUGAUAGCAACAAUAAUUACUACUUAAAUUUGUGUGCAUUGAAUCAUGCUAAUUGGUAUUACUGUACUUUUCCAUUAUUUUAGUUUUUGAUAACUUUAACUCUGUGUGUACAGAAGGGGGAUUGAAUUGCACACCAUGACAUUUUUACAGAUUUACAUACAAGAUUUAAUAAAACAACUUUAUUAUCAACGUAUGUAAAUAAACUUGGCAUUAAAACAUGACUCAUGAUUCAAAUUUUAUAAUAUAAUGUAAGUUUUUAUUUCUUAAUUUCAAAAAAGAAAUAUUUAAAUAAGGUCUUAAUGUUACUUUUUCUGUGUCAUGUGAUGCUUCACUGCUCUGAAUUUCAUUUUAUAGAUUUUCUUUUUUCUCUUAUAUGGGUUUCAGAAUGUCCAUCAAGUAGAUUCACCAACUACAUAUAUUGAAAGGCCAUAAUUUAAAACAAGAACCUUUCAUCACCUUUAUUUUCUGAGUUAUCAAUGAAUUUGUGACAUCCACCUCAGAAGCUUUUCCCAACUCUUCAUGCUUGUGAAAUCACUUAUUUACUUUUGCCUACUACGUGUCAAUGGUACAUGUUUAUAACCACUAGAAAGGUCAUUUGUAAACUAUGUGAUUAUGAUGACAGUAUGCUAAUUUAUCUUGGCAAAAGGCACCAUUCCCAUAGCAGAUUUUAUUGUAUGUAUAUUGAAGCACUGUUCCAGUAAAACAAAUGAAUUUUUUAAGCCUACUUAUAGGUUAGUUAGAGAGCCAGAUAAAUUACAAUAGACUUGGAGCAUUCUAUAUUAUUGUUUGAAUUAUUGUUUAUGUUUUAAAAUGCAUAUUUGAAAGCUAUAUGAAUUAUUUUUUGGACAACCAAUAUAGAAAAAAUAAGGCUUAGGAAAGCAAGUAUUCAAGUCAAACGGUCUAGAGCUAAGAUAAAUUCUAAAUUUCUUGUUUUUAAAAUACAUAUUUUUUAUUUACUGAUGUAUUUUUUUAACAAAGGUAACUAAGAUUCAAAAAUUAAAACUUAUUAGGUUAGAUAAGAAAACUUAAAAAAAUUAUUUGGUCAUCACAUAAUACAUGAGCAUUUUAGGCGUGCUUUAUAUAAUCUGAUUCAUUUGUUUACUCUGCUUUAAUUUUCAGGUAGUUAUACAUGGUUAAAAAGCAUUAAAAUUAAAUUAAAGCAGUUGUGAAAAGUUAAGAGGCCUCAAUAUCUAACAAAAAGUAAUUAUAAUUGUUUGUUACAACUUGUAGUCAUUCUAGUAAAAAAAAGAAAAAAAGGUAUUUUUUCCAAUACAGUACAUAACCUCCACUCGCAUGUAUACUAUUCUUGUUCAGUGCUGUCCUCUAUAUGCAUUUUUUUGCAUGCCACAAGCCUUGAUCUCUCACGGAACCCAUGAUCAAUGUGGUUUAACCGCAUCUCACAUGUAAAUCAUUAUGCGACAACCCUCCACCAAUAGGAGUGUGACACCUGAUGCAUGUGACUCCCUCUGUUCGAUUCUACUGAACUAUCACUUCUUGUUAGGCAGUGAUUUAGUGCAGAUGUUUUUCAGUUGUGCUCUUUUCAAGUGUUCAUUUAAUUUUUUCUGUGCAAAGUAAUGAUUUACUUGAUUUAUUCGUUUGCUACAGUUAGUUUUUCUGUAGUAGUUUGCCAUGAUAACUUACCUUUGUUUUACUCAUUUUCAACUAUAUGGUAUAAGAUGGAUUCCAAAGUUUGUAUUUUAGGACUCCUGAUAUUAUUACCACUACUUCAAGUACCAUUACUGGCUUCAGGUCUGGGAGUCUUGAUUGAGGAUUUUUCGGCUAUCAAUUGUCUGGAGAUUGAUCAUUAUAUGAGGCUUCCUUUUUCCCCCAACAGUGUUCAAGUUCUUCCUGCAAUGUCCAAACUUGUUCACGACGAGGAGGAUUUUGACAAUUUUUUUUUUUCUCCUCCUAACUUUGCUGUAUCUUCACAUGGAUCUCCUAUGAGAUAUACUAGGCCUAACUCUGCAUUUUUGGAUAAGCUUUCUCAGGUAUGUAUUUUAUUGGGUGGUCAUGGCUUCUGCCCAACUUCUGCAUGGUCUCGAGGUGUGUUUACCCAUUACUUGGAUGACUCAUUCCUAUUAGCUCCUUCUGAAGUGUAGUCUUCUCAACACACACGUCUGCUGCUGACAAUAUCAGCUUGUGUUGGUUAGAUUCUAAAGUUGGUGAAGCUUCCUUUUGCCUACUCAUAAUCUUUUCCACUUGAGUGUAUUUUUCAACACCCCCCUUCAUUUGGGCCAUUCUUCUCCACUUCUUGUCCAUUUGAUAGUGUUUUCAGUUCUCCAUGUAUUUACUGCUUCCUCGGUUUCAGCACAAAAGGUUCUGUCACUUUUGAGGACUUGGGCUUCUUUGGCAGCCCUUAUUCCUUUGGAUUGUCUAUAUGUGUUCCCAUCAUUGGUCUCUGCACUGCCCAUGGAAUCUUGCUUAAGAUCCCUUGGACUCCCCAAUUACCCUUCCUCCUUACCUUACAGGCUAUCUGCAUUGAUGGUUGAUCAAGCACAGCACAACGAAGAGAGGAUUGGAGGAAACUCUUCAGUCAGGAAUGUGGCCUACUUCUCAUAUGUUCAUCUCCCACUGUCUUUAUUGGGUAGCUGCUUCUUCUUUGUAGAUGUACCUUCAAACUUCAGUGUGGCUGUGACUGGGUAAGUUAUCUUUUCAAUAUAGAUUUUCUCCUCCAAGGGUAUGUCUCAUUUAGGAUUCAGAACCUGCUCAGUGGCAAGUGUUGCCUGUCUAAUUAUGCUUUCUAUAUCUCGAAUCUGCACUGUACAGCCAAAAUGAAAUAAUAAAAAACAGUAUACCCAUGGCCAAUAACACACACUGUUGAGAUGGGGUGGUCUACAAGAUUGCUACUAGGUUUUCCUUGUGAUAUAUUUGUUUUAUUAAUUUGCCUGUUCCGGAUCAUACUCACCUAUGGACUUACGUGGGUAAAGCAGAAGGGGAUAGCUGCCCAUCCCUUUAAUUAAAUAAAUCGGGGGUAGUCUGCUUUUCAGUUUAGGGUUUGGGGUCGCCUGUCUUUGGUGUUGGCAUUCCUUCAGACUCUCCACUGCAUUUUAUCCUCCCUUGUUCUUAUAAUGGAGUAUGGGAGUCCUUAACAAUUUCCAGUUCUAAGCUACUGGGGUGGUGGACCACGGAGGUAACCUCCUGAAUGUGAUUACUUCCAUUCAGUAGAGAGUAUGGUGGUUGUGUUUUGCUGGUGUAGAUUGCAUGUGAUCCACUUCCAUACAGUGGGUCCCAGAGGUUGAUGUUGCACUCGUAAUAUGUACUGGUUGAAACUGAAACCCUAAACAUUGUAUCAUUGUUUUUUUACAGUUUGAUGUUUUUUUUAAUUUAUGGUUAAAGUACAAAAUAAGCCCAAAAAAAUUGUACAUUUAGGUCAUAAAAAGAUCCUUGUUUUGUUUUUCAUCUGUGUAAAACAUAUUUGUUUUUACUCAUAGGGUUCAUAAAAGUACAGAUUUCCUUUUCUGUUAUUAUACAUAAAGGUACAAAGUUAUUUUCAGUUACUUAAAUUGUCUCUGAUGGAUAUUUUUAAUUUUUUUUGACGUAUUCUUAUAUAACUUCUAUGCACUGUUUGUGAAGAGGAUUAUUAACGUUUAGAAGUGGCAAUGUUUUCUAACUGUUGGGUUUAGCCUUUUUUGAACAACUUCAUAAUGUUCAUUAUUUACAUGUUACAUAUAUAAAACUACAAUUUUGAAUUCUAGUUUAUUAUUUCUUCCAGAUUGCUUCAUAAUUCAUCCUCUCAUUUACUGUUUAUUUCCUACCUAAAAUUUUGUAUUGUGCUAUUUUCUCAACAUUGAAGUUUUACCUAUGAUCAUUCUCUAAAUAAGUAACUCCCUGGGACAUCAUAUGACAUAAAACUUUAAUUUUAUAGAGGAAGACUAUGUUGUGUCUAAAGCUUAAUAAUUGACUUGUGUUGAUUGGUAGCAAUUAAGAAUACAUUGUUGGUGAGAAAGAAACAUUUCAUUUUAAGUCAAAUGAAAUAAAUUUUACAGUUAAAUUUAGUAAGAUACUUCUGUUAGCUUAUAACAGUUACGAAAGUCUAGCUUUGAUGUAAACAGAAGUACAUUUCUGCUUUCUUUUAUGCACCAAAAUCUAAUCUAACCAUCAAGAUUUAUGAAUAUUUGGAUGUUACGUUUUGUUUAGUCAUGUGUUAUUUUUAAAGGAAUACAAAUGAUACUAAAUAAAAUAAGUAAUGUGUACUUUUCAUGAUUAUGUUUAGAAAAUAAUCCACUUAAAUAAUAUAAUACAAAAGUUUGGUUAACCUUCCAUAAUUGUACAUACUUUGUGAAAAUAAUUAUAAUUGUAUGUACAUGAAACUUUGUAUUUAUGCAUAAUAUGUAUAAUGAUUAGGCUUGCCAACUCUUGAACAUCUUGAAGUAGGACUUUUUUUGUAAGGGUACAUCCAUAAAGGAUGGCUCAUGGCUUAGGACACUUUUGAACACUUCAACAGUUGGCAACUCUAAUAAUGAUUCACAGACGUAGUGACUAUUACUAAAC